AUGACGUCCUCUUGCUUGUACACUGCACCGAGCCGAGACUGCUGGCAGCGCCACGCCACCAUAUUGCUCGUGGCGAACUUCUCGCUCUCGCCUGCCAUCACGGAGGUGGCGCCAGCGCCGCUCGCAUCGCCCCUCACGUCGAUCGCCGAGUCGGGCGAGGUAUUUAUUGCGCCAACACACAACCUCAUGGCCGUGGCGUGGCGUCGGCUCCUUAGCGCUGCCGACACGAUGCGACUGCUCUGCAUCACAGCGUCCGACAGCUUUGUGCUGUACGCAAGCCUUCUCACCGGUCUUUUCUUCGCCCCCAAGACUGCGCAAGACGACACGACGGCGCUGGAGCUCUCGCGGCACAUGACCACCAUCUAG